GAAAAUUAGAGUCUUUUUAGUUACCUUUCAAACAUCAUACUGUGCGAUUUACUUGAACACAAAUUAAAAAAACUUCUUUUUCAUUAAUUAUGUCUCAAAUUCAAGAAUUUUAUAACGAUCGAAGUAUAUUUAUUACAGGAGGCACUGGUUUUAUGGGAAAAAUUUUAUUGGAAAAACUUGUACGUAGUUUACCGAAAUUGAAAAACAUUUAUCUUCUAAUUAGACCGAAAAAAGGGAAGAAAAUACAAGAACGAUUGGAUGAGUUUUUUAAAUUAGAAAUAUUUAAUCCUUUACGUGAAAAAAAUCCAUUUUUCGGGAAAAAAAUUAUUCCUUUAAGUGGUGAUGUUAGAAAACUGGGUUUAGGACUAUCAGACGAGGAUCGAGAAACACUUAUAAAAGAGGUGUCCAUCGUUAUUCACGCGGCAGCAACAACAAAAUUUGAUGAACCGUUGAAAGUAGCAGUGCCUAUUAAUGUUAACAGUGUUUUGGAAAUAAUUAAACUUUGCAGAGAAUUAAAAAAAUUAAAAGUGGCUGUCUAUGUAUCGACUGCAUUUAUUCGUGACAAUUCUUGCGCAAUUGAAGAAAAAAUAUAUCCAUUGCCUAUGACUCAUGAGGAGGUGAACAAUACUAUUGAAAUAAUAAAUCGAAGAAAAUUAUCGAAACGAGAUGAGGAACAAUUCACCAGACUGUUAUUGGGAAAUUGUCCCAAUACAUAUAUUUUCACAAAAUCAAUUGCAGAAGGAAUUUUAAAUGAAAAAGCAAGAGAUCUUCCGUUUUUUGUCUUUAGAUUUCCAAUUGCAUCGGCAACGUAUAAAGAACCCGUGACUGGAUGGGUUGAUACUAUUCAAGGUUUUAAUCAACUCAUGAUGGGAUUGGGUCUUGGUGUUAUAAGAACAUUACUUUGUCCAGAUAAAACCGAAGUUAUGUACAUGGUACCAGCUGAUUUUGCUUGUAAUGCUUUAAUUGCUUCAAUUUGGGAUACAGAAAAUGGGAGGAUAAGAUCUUCCGAAACUGACGUACCAGUUUAUACUUAUGUAAAUGGAAAUGAAAAUCCAUUUACCAAAGCAGAGUUUGAAAGAAUCGCAUAUUCCGCAAAGCCUGAUUUACUUCCAUCCAAAUUGCUUUAUUAUCCUGAAACAAUUAUAGCUCGCUCACCACAAGUAUUCGCAGUUCUUGAUUUCUUCUUUCAUCUUUUGCCUGCCUUAUUUGGUGAUAUUGUUUUUCGAAUAAUGGGCAAAAAACCCAUAUUCUACAAAAUCUAUAAAAAGGGAGUGAAAUUUUUCAAAAGCACUGAAUUUUUCUCAAUGGGAACAUGGACGUUUGAAAAUAAGAGAAUUGAAUUACUGUGGGAAAAGUUAUCAAAUGAAGAUAAAGAAUUGUUUCCCUUCGAUAUGAAAAAUAUUGUUUGGAGUGAUGUUAUAUUGGAAUACUGGAAAGGAGUCUUAAAAUAUAUAUUAAAAGAUGAUUUCACUCCUGAAAAUCGACGACAGGCAAAACGUCGAUAUUAUUUUUUACUACUUUUACAUCGAACUAUUCAAACACUGUUUGCUGCCUUUCUAUUUUGGUUUUUAUGGAAAUUGUUUUAGUAUCGAAUUAAUUAUUUACUUGAAUAAAUUUAAUUGUCGAAAUAAAUGUUUUAUUUCACAUGCACAAAAAUGGCGCUUUUAGAUAGGUGACGACAGGGAGCAAAGUACUACGCCAGUGCUGGCGGCUACAUUGACAGUCAACACUGGCAUGAUAACGAGGAGGGCCUCUGGCGAAGUACUGCCUGUCAGUGCUUCCAGACAGCGCUGCCGCAGUACUGGUCCAGUGCUAAUAUUGAUAAAUAGUUAUUAUUCAUAAAAUGUUUCUUUUCUUCAUUUAAUAGUAUCAAAGAUAAAGACCUAGCAAUGGAAAUAAUAAAUAAAUUAGAAAAAAAUUGUUUAUAACAUUUAAAAAUUAAAUAACAGGCAAUUACGGUAUGUGCGUAUUAGAUUUCCAUAUUUUAGUACCUAAUGAUUAAAAUCUAGAAAUAUCGCAAUCCUAUGAAAAUAAACAUAAUUGCUUACGAGGGGAAUCGAAUCUACGACCUACAAACUUAUAGACUAACGCUCUAACCACUAUGCUAAUGACGCGUGUGUGCAGUAAAGUUUUAAUUUCUCAAUAUCAUUCAUACUUAUUAUUAUUAAAUCAAAGAUGAGAAAAAAUAUAGAUUCGUUAGAAUAAU